ACACAUCAAACACCUUGAGGGCACAAUUUCAAUUUCAAUUCAAUCCAAUUUGAAAUCUCUGAUUGCGAGUGGAACCUUUAAACUGUGGAGGUUUUCAAGCACUGUUUGAUUCAAAGGUUUUCUAUAGAAUCUGAGGUCUUUUUCGAAGUUUUCAUGCUCGGAUUCGAUUCAAAUGGUUGAGCACAAUUGUGUUGAAAGCCGUCUCCUAUUGUUGACAGACACAACUUUUGUUUUCUUCAAGAUUUGAGUAGCAUUCUUUGAAAAGCCAACCAAAUGAGGAAGCAUCGUUUGAGAAAUAGAAUUAAGUCGCUAGUUGGAAGUCACAUUGAUCCCGACAAAGAUGAAGAACUUAAAGGGAGUAAUGUAGAAACUGAAGACAACUACAACAAGAUUAUUGAGCUUCUCAAAGACGAAGAUCAAGAUGAUAAGGAAAAACUUGUUGGAUUAAUUGAGGAAUUUCACAAAAGGUACCAAUCGAUCUACGAGCGUUACGAUCACAUCACCGGCAAGCUGAAGGAGAAAGUUCGUUCAAAGAAAGAAAACGACUCUUCUUCCUCAUCCAGUUCGGACACCGAUUCAGACGAUCAGAAAAGUAAAAAUGGGAAGCUGGAAAAUGAGAUUUAUACAGAGAUCGACGAGUUGAAGAGAAAGGUGGCUGCUGAAACAGAAGAAAAGGAAGCAAUAAAUGCAGAAUGUGAAGCUGCUUUUAAGAAACUACAAGAAACAGAGGAAAUGUUUAAUGAGUCGAAACUCCAAUCCGAUAGAUUACGAGAAGAAAAUUCUAAACUUUUGGCUGACAAAAGAGAGCUCGAAACCGAACUGAGUUUGAAAAUAGAAGAUAUCAACAGAGAGAAAACCAGUUUAAUGUCAGAGAUCGAGACAGCGAUGGCAAUCAUCGAAGUAGAAAAGAGAAAUAACGAAGAAUUAAGAGCCGUUGUUGUUCAGUUGAAGGAAGAAAAAGACGGGUUCGAGUCAGAGUUAGAAAACAUAAAAGAAGAGUUCUCGAAAACGAAGGAGAAACUGAAAACAACCGAAGAGGAGGUUUCAAAUGCGAUUCAAAUUCUAGAAACUUCUGAAGCAGAAAAGAAAUCUUUAUCGGAAGAGCUUUCCAGACAAAGGGAAAUCCACGAUUCAUUCAAGAACGAAACGGAAAUCAAGAUGAUUGGUAUCGAAGAAGAACUUGAGUUGUUGAAAUCCCAGAAAACCGAAAUCGAGAAGCGGAAAGAAGACGAAAUAUUGGCUCUCGAGAAGAAAUCCGAGGACAAAGAAUCCGAAAUCAACCAUCUGCAAGUAGAAUUGGAAUCUACAAGAUCCCAGAUGGAUUCCCUGAAACUAGAACUAGCAAAUAAGGCAGCAGAUGAACAGAAACUUCUAGAAGAAACAAUCGAAGACCUCAAAAGCGAUCUCGAAAUCAAAGGAGACGAAAUCAAUUCAUUAUCAGAAACAGUCCGAAAUCUCGAAGUCAAAAUCCGGCUCGCGAACCAGAAGCUUCGUGUAACGGAACAGAUGUUAAACGAGACCGAACACGAUCACGCAAGAAGAGAAGAAAAGCUGCAUCAAGAAAACAAAGAUCUUACAGACAAAAUCUCCACAUUGUCUGAAACAAUCAUUUCCGUCAAGAAAGAGGUUCAAGAAAACGUCCAUGAGACGUUAUCCAUCAUCGACUCACUUACCGUAAAAUUCGAAGAGGAUUACGGGCAUGUAACGACUCGGGUUAGCGAAAUCAAGAACGAAAUUCAAGCCGUAGCGAGUCAGGUGAAGCGAACUCGGUCCGAGAAAGACGAACUGAAACGAAAACUCGAAGAAAUGGUUGUGAAACUGAAGAUGGGGGAAAGUGAGAAUGAAAAACUGAUGAAAUUACUGGAGAACAAGAAUGAGAAGAUUGAAGAGAUGGAAAACAAGAUUCAUUUGAAAGAUGAAGAGAUCAUGGAAGUUGUGCAGGAUAAAAAGGAGGCCAUAAGACAGUUGUGUAUUUGGGCCGAUUAUCAACGUGGUCGUUGCGAUCGUCUUCAAGAACUUCUCGGCGGCGGUGGCAGUGGCGGACGGCGGCAAACGGUGAGGUAAGUGAAUAUAUACGUAUAUAUGUGUGGAAUUGGAAUCGUUACUGUUUGACACGAGAGAGUUCCUGAACUCGUGUCGGAAAGUGAUUGUUAUGAUUUUCGUAUGGAUCAAGCAGUUACCGUUUGCGAUUUCCGCAUUGUGGGUUGUGAGUACGAGAAUUUCAAUUGUUUGGAGUGUCGAUUAGUUGUUUGUUUCGUUAUAUACCGAAAAUUGGAGUAGAUGAGUGUGUAUACGAGAUUAUGUUCAUUUUCACAUUUUUUGUGUUGUUUAGUACGAGUUUGUUUAUACCAUUUCUCGUUAAAA